AUGGCGACCACGGCAAGAGCUACCCCGCCGGCUCGAAGGGCGACAGCCACCUCACCUACUCCUGCGAUUAAUCGAGGAGCCACUGCCCGGUCAGCGGCAACUUCACCAAGAGUGUCAUCGUCGUUGGCACCCACUCGACGAGCAUCACUCAAAUCGACCACGUCCGACCCAGUUUCUGCCUCUCUCAAACAGGAAACAGAGCAAAAGGAGCAGCUUCUUGUGCAGGUUCAGGACAAGGAACAGACCAUUGCCACCCUCUCAACAGAGAAUGCCAAUCUCACGUCAGCACUACAAGCGGCAGAAAGCAGGCUCAAUGAACUAUACGCCGACCAGUCGCGUGCAGAAGUGGAUCUUGCCCAACGCAUAGAGAUUUCUGAGAACCUUAGAGCUCAAGUCCGCGAGUUAGAAAAAGAGAAAAGAGAGGUCCAACGAAGAUAUAAUGAACAGACAAGUACUUUCGAAGCAGAGCGUCAGGCCUUCUACGAUAAUGAACAACAUCUCAAAUCACGCAUCUCUAGUCUCUCGCAAGCUCGCAAGCAAGUAGAGAGACCGCCCCAACCAGAAACCAUUGACACCGAAUCUAUUAUUGAGGUGGAGGAAGAAGAAGUACCUCAGGAGCCAGAACCUCCCCAGCAGGCUAUGGAUGAUCCAGAGUCUGAGCCUGCUGAAAUGACUGCACUUCGUUUGGAGCUUUCUACGCUCUCCACGUCCUACACUUCACUCCAGAACACGCUUGUGCUUCUCCAAACUCAGCUAGUCGACCUCAAACGCGUCAACCACGAACUUCAGGAAGAGAACGAGAGCUAUAUGAUUCUCCUUCGCGAAAAGACAUUAAGCGGCCAGUUCGAUGUUAUGAAACAAAUGGGUGGUUCGGUUUCGGAGGAGGAGACUGAUGAUGAUGAGAAUGAUGAUGAUGAAGGGGCAAGUGUCGAGCGUGGCAGCCUUAGAAGUGCGCCUCGUAGCGUUCUCGACAAGGUGGAAGAAGAAGAGGACGGCGCUGAAGAGACUCUGGAACAGCAACUCGAGCGCAGCUUGGCCCGACCACGUGACACUGAUUCACCGUCUUCGUCGCGUGGAUUCGGCCGCCCAACACGUAAGCGGACAGGCUCUCAGUCGCAUUCACCCCAGAUUCGCGGAGAAACUCUGGCUGAUCUACCAAUUACUGGACCUGGCCUGGAUCUUGCUGCAGAACUCGGUCGAGCCGAAAACAAGGACAUUCUUGACGGUAACAUUGUGGAAGACCAAGAUCGCUCUGUUCUGAACGGCAAGAAACGCUCAAAGAAGAGCUCUUCUGGUCGCAAAGAAAUGGGUUUGCCUGGUAUCGAGCCGAGUGGAUCCAUGUCAGACAUCGACGUUCUCAAGAACGAAGUCAAGUCACUCAAAGACGCCAACAAGGCUUUGUCGUUGUAUGCAUCCAAAAUCAUCGACCGUAUCAUUUCUCAGGAAGGCUUCGAGCACGUACUGGCGGUGGACUAUGAGAAGGAGCCUCCUAAGUCACCACUCACUGCUGGGCCUGCUUUGACGACAUUCCCCGCUUCCCUGCCUCCUAAACCCCGUCCCCAGUCCGUCAUUGUUGCGCGUUCCACUUCCACACCUGGCACGCCAGCAUUCACGGGUUUAUCUCCGUCAAUGCCUCCUCCGAAACUUGGUACUCCACCUCCAGCAACAGCGAAAGCCCAACGCAGGUCUUUGUCUUUCGACUGGAAGUCAUUCUCUCUAUUCAGUGGUGAAAAGAAGCCGGAGAACCCAAGUUUGCGUCCAUUGACACUCAAACCCGGGGCCAGUCCGGUUACUGGAGCCCGCAAGCUCGAAACUCACGAAGACGAUAAUGAUCGUCGCGAACGAGAACGACUGAACGCUACGAUGAAACUUAUGGGCAUACAACCACAACCGUCUCCGGUCAUUCCACCUUCGGUAACCCCGCCUGUUGUCGCCAGUGUGCCCUCUACGCCUUCUCGUCGCUUUUCGUUCUUUGGCCGCGCACCGGCUGCCCUCCCUGCUCCCCCUCCCGAGUCGUCUGACUCAGCUUCUAUGCAUUCAAAUGGCACUGGCAGUAGUGGUUUCGUUGGUCUGGGCAUAGGCCCACCGAGUCUGACCCAGGACGUGUUAGAGCACGCUGAGGCUGAAAAUUCGCUUGCUGCGUUGGAUGCCCAUGAACGGACCCUCAGUGCAGAGAUUGCCAAGGGCUCGAGUGGUGGAUUCACGGAAAUUGCGCGAAGACAGCCAGGAAGUCGACGAGCUCGACGGAGUGCUGCGGGAAGCGACAACAAGAGCAAUGGGAGCACAGUUUGGAGUGCUGGAGAAGACGAUGACUAA